AUGGCAUCGAAGUUGGUACAAAUUCAAUCAAAGGCAUGUGAGGCUUCAAAGUUUGUGGCAAAGCAUGGAAAUUCCUACUACAGGCAGUUGCUGGAGAAGAACAAGCAAUAUAUUCAGGAACCAGCCACUGUCGAGAAGUGCCAAGAGUUGUCUAAGCAACUGCUCUACACCCGCCUCGCUAGCAUUCCCGGACGCUAUGAAACCUUCUGGAAGGAACUAGACUACGCAAAGAACUUAUGGAAGAACAGAGCAGAUCUGAAGGUAGAAGAUGCUGGAAUCGCUGCAUUGUUUGGUCUCGAAUGCUUUGCGUGGUACUGCGCAGGUGAAAUCGCCGGCAGAGGAUUCACUUUCACCGGCUAUUACCCUUGA